AUGAUUAUAAUCUAGUAAUGUAAACUAGAGUAGAACCCUUGGCUUGACUACACUUAACCUACUGAAUGAUGAGAAUGAAUAGUUUUCUAAUAUCAAAAUAUAACAACACAGACACAGUUAGAAAGUUAAAUACAAAAGAGAGAAACUUGAUUAAAAAGGCUUUUCAUCAUGCCAAUGAAGGAGGCAAAGGUUACUUAUUACCUUUUGACAUAAAGGUUGCCUCAAUGUUUCUGUUUGGUCACAAGCUGUGCAAGGAUGAAGUAAACCAGAUGUUGCUCAAACAUGGGACUUUACUGCCGUUGGAUCAGAAAGGAUUAACACUAGCUCAGUUUGAGGAAGCCAUGAUACCAAAGUUUGCUGCCUUGGAAGAAGAUGAUGAAAUCAGAAGUACUUUUAAGGCUUUUGACAAAAAUUGCAGAGGAUUCUUAAAGCUUGAAGAUGUUAAAAGUGCAUUUCAGCAAGUGUGUCCACAUUUUCCAGAGCAUAAUAUAGAAUUAGCAUUUAAGGCCCCACUCAUCAUCCCCUAAGGCGGCUCUGUUAGUGCUCUGGACUGUUGUCUUUAUGGAUCCAGGGAGAUUGACAGAGAUGGGGAUGGAAGGAUCAGCUACAAAGAUUUUGAUUUCAUGAUGAAGUUCAACAACUUGAUGUGAUUCCAAGACCUUUCAUAUGUACUGUCAUCAACUUCUACUGUACAUACAUUCUUUGGUUGUUGUUUACAUUUACAAAACAAACAUUUUAUAUUUUUGUGAUUAGCCUUUAUUGUAAGUACAUGCUUUUUUAAUAAAAUAUUUUUGUAUUUA